GACUGGGGGAACUGUACUGGGGGCCUGCUUUGAAAGUCUGGCAACCCCGGAGGGAAGUCCUGUGUAGUUUGAAUAGCUUACGAAAGAGAAGUGGAGCCUGUCCGAGUGGAAGUAGCUGUGUGUUUGGGGUUUAUUUCGAUGUUUUUACUAGCGUGGAGAAAAUGAACCACAGCCGCAAGUGCGUCCUCUGUCAUCGGCCCGAUGAGACGACAACAACCGGAGCCUUAUUGAAGAAAGAGCAGGUCACGGCCCACCAGAACUGCCUGCUCUUCUCGUCGGGCAUUUUUUGCACCAACACGCCAGAGUUCGACGACCUGUUCGGCUUCUCCGUUGAAGACGUGAAGAACGAGGUGAAGCGAGGAAGCAAACUGUCAUGUAGACACUGCAAGAAGAAGGGGGCCACAGCGGGGUGUGAGGUGAAGCGCUGUCAGAAGACCUUCCACUACCCGUGUGCCAUGGAAGAGGGAGCCAAGAAGUUUGAGGAUAGUGACAAUGGAAAAUAUGGACUGUACUGCCGACUGCACAGUGAUCCAGAAAAUCGCAAACCCAAAACGCCCCGAAACUCCAAGAACUCAAAUAAAGCCGGACCAUCAAAGACUUAUUGCCUCACCUGUGAGAGGAAAGAAGGAAAUAUCAGCUUGGACAGUUUAUCUAACAGCAUUGUCAUGAUGUUCUGUGCCAAACAUGCUCCUUCAUCACUGCAGCCGAAAACCAACGGAGAUCCUUCAGCUGCCGCGUGGUCGUCCUCAUGCAGCGACUCGUCAAGUAUAUCACAGACCAAGAGACAGCAGAGUUUUGAUGAAGAGGAAGAAGACGGUGUGUUCAGGAGGAAAUCGGUGAAAAAGAGCAGGUUGUUGUCCGGAGAUUCUUCAAACACAGAUGAGGAGGGACUUAUGCCGCCAUUAGAGUCAGACUUUGAGGAAAGUGCGACAUUUGUGCAAGAGCACGAAUCAGCUCUCCCUCCACUCAUCAGCAGGGAGUCGGAAAAACCUUCAUGUUCCUCAGCAGGGUUUCAGGUAGAGAAUAUGAAUUCAGACUUAAAUAACAACGGCGACGACGACACGCUCACACACUCUGAUGCGGAGUCCGAGAGCUUGCUGUGCCCGGUGGCGGCCGGCGCCGAGUUUUCCCCGGAUCCCGCGGCUCGAUCCGUAGCUGACGAGCGUCUGCAGGUUCAGCUGAUGGAGAAAGCAGUGCAGACCAUAAAAAGAGAAAACCAAGAGUCCAGACACGAGCAGCACGAAGAACACCUCAACGGAUCGUCCGUCCCUCAUCAGAGCGCCGCCGCUGACCCUUACCCAGAGCGCUCCAGCAGCGCUCCGCCGGGCACCAGCUCCGACUUUACCACAGCGCCAUCCAGAUCCAACUGUGCGACUCUCCUCUCGUCCCCGCCCCGACCCCGUUCAGCCGCCCCAGGCCCGUUCCCUCCCGGCGUCCCUCCUCGCUCUGAGCCCUCCUCCACCCGAGCUCCUCCCUCACCCGACGUCGACUCGGCCGCCUUCUGGAGGAAAUGCAACGCGGCUGGAUGCACGCAGGCCAUCUUCACUGAGUUUAUUAGAGAAGUUGACAACAUUUCCAGCAGAAUCCAGUGUGAUCAGGCCAGCCGGGAGGAUUAUGACCGGGCGCUUUCAAUGAUGCUGGCUUCUGGAAGACUUGCAGACCUCGUUACCAAGCAGGAAGAAGAGUUGGAAAGGAGACGAGUGGAGCUGCAGCGAGCGUCAGCAUCUCUGAAGGAGGCAGUCUCCGCUCUGAGACGAUGAGACGUGGCACACAGCAUCUCCUGGCUUGAAUUUACAGUUUUACUCUUUAGUUUUUAUAUUUUCGUAAAGAUAAGGAAAUUCAAGUAACUGUAGUAAUAUCAGGCUUCCUGUUUAUGUGAAAAUAUUUUUUAAAUGUUCAUUUCUGUAAAGUUCCUUGUAUGUUUCAGGUUGUUGCUCUAUUUAAUGUAUAAAUUUUUAUUUUUCAUGUUUUAAUGCACCGUUGUUCAUUAUGAGAUAAAAAAAAAAAAUUAAUCUACUGUGUUUAAAACUAAUUUACAAAAAUCUGUUUUACUUUUUUUAAUGUCCUGAAAGAUCACUGAGCCUUUAAAAUAACCGUUUACACUGACGCCUUCAGAGACUGUUUGGUUUUAAAGAGUCUGAAACGUUGAAACUUUAAUAUAUGCACACGUUUGGUUACGAAUUCAUUUUGAAGUGUUUUUGAUAUAACUCUUUAAAUCUAAAUAUUUGAAAGUGUAACUUUUGUGUUUCGUUUUUCUUCCUGCAUCAUUUUGUGACUGGAGCUCUCGCAUGUUCCAGGGGCAUUUCAAGAAAAUCCACUGUUCCUGAAAUACUAUCCCCUUUGUGCACAGAAAUACCUUUUAACACACCUCAGUUUGAUUCUGCAUCACAUUUUAUAGUGUUACCACAUGGGUCAUUACAAAGUGCUGCACACUUUUGAAGUUACAUAAUAUCAUGCAUGCUUUAUUUAAAAAUCUUUGCACAAAUAAAAAAUGAAUGGAGAGUGCCACCGCUAUGUUUUGAGUGGGGGAUGGUGCAUUCAGGGUCAAGCGCAGUGUUGGAUUUCAUUCAAAUUCUUUUGAUCUGCAUGUAAACAAAGUAGUUACAUUUUGGUUUUGUUUGGUAUUUUCCACAUUUGCUGUGUCUGUUACUGUGCCUUUAAAAAGUAUUCACGCCUUUAUACGGUUCAUCCUUUUAUUUCUUUAAUGAAUCAAUCAUGAUCAACAUAAUUUGGCUUUUUUUUUUUUUAAAUACAAAAAAUAAAAUACCCCUCUAAUGUAAAAGUGAAAACCUCAACUUGAAAGAUGGCCACAAACCCGCUCUACAGUUUUCUUUUAAAACUUGAGAACCUUCCAGAUUUGGGUAAAUUUGUUGAGUGCGCAGCGAAAAGUUUCCCCGUUAACAGAUUCUUCCACCUGAGCUGUGAGUCUCUGCUGCUCCUCCAGUGUUUCCAAUGACCUCAUAGCUGCUUCAAAUUUGCAUACUGAAAAGCUUUUCUGAUAAAUGAAAACAAAUGAUUUUGUAAGAUUAAAGUAUGUUAGGUAUUACUAAUCAGCUCUUAGUAAAUUGGUCAAAUAUGGAAAAGAAAAUCUUAGUAUCAUUAAAAUCCAUUUCAGAAAAGUGUGGAAUUUUAUUUCAGUAUUUUCCAAACUUAUUUUUCCCCAUCCCAUCGUCUAAAUGCUGCCUUUCUUUUUUGGUAUUUUUUAUUGUCCUUAAAUCCUUUCUUACUUCCAGUUCUCAUGUGUGACCUAACUUUAUAUCCUUGAGAACACGGUAAGCGGCUUUUAUUGGCUUUUUCCAACUCCAGAGCGUUUCACGGUACCGUCAGUCAUUCACCCACUGCUGCCCUACGGCCACCACCGGCUGGCAAAGUGGCAAAAGCAUCUUGACCUGGGAUGUAGAGGACAAGUCACCGAGUGGGGAUUUGAGCCAGCAACCCGCUGGUUGCAAAAGAACUUCCUAAACCACUUUCCUCCUGUCCUCCCCUCUCUCCCUUUGAACUUCCAUCCUUUAUUCCUUCAUUCGUUCGUGAAAGCUUCCUCUUUCUCAAGUUAGAAAGACAAAACUCUACAGAGACUUGGAGUGGAGUGAGUGUUCAUAGCAGAGGCAUUUAAGGCACCACUCCAUGAAAAAAUGUCAUCUGAAAGAAAAGAAAAAAAUAAAACAACCCAGUCAAAUUCUCUCUGGAGGAACAUCGUCAGGAGGAUCUGUGGGGGAGAAAUAUCGUUCUACCUUUAAUAUGACCAGGAGUAAAACAUGUUUAUAGAUAACAAGCAGAGAAAUAUUUUUGUUGAUCUGUUUCCAGAGGUCAAAGCAUUUGACUGACUUAUUAUUCAGCAUCAAUAGAGAAAUAAUUGUUGAUUUUCAAUGUCCUGCAAAGAAACAAGUAAAAAUAUAUUAUAAUACUCAAAGAAAACAAUAAUACUGCUGAAUGUAAUUGUCGGCGUAGGUCAGAGAUUUAAGAAGGGGAAAAUAUAUAAGCUAGCAUCAGCAGUUAUGAAGCCACCAAUGAAUGUCACUGACCAUGACCUCAUCCUGGUGAGUAAAACUACAUAAA